CAAGAGUGAGGGACGUUCACUUUCUACAUUUCUCUCAUUUUUCUCCUCCUUUGCGACAUCCUUUCCACCAAAGGAUGGUUCAGUCCCAUUGUAUUCUGUGCCUACUAUGGUGAAAUUACUGCUCUGCUGGAUGCCUUGAAUGAAAGAAAUACGACUUAAAAACAGUCCUGCUAGAGGAACAUAAGAAUUCAUAGGGAUUGGCUGCAUUGUUCCGGAGUGAAACAGGUGUCACGCUGUCACUGUUCACACAAAUUUUUAAUAAGAAACUUCCUUACCAAGGGAGCAUCUUUGGACUCUCUAUUUUUAAAACCUCCUGAACCAUGACUUGGAGCCGGCAGAGUAGGCUGUGGCUGUAGACUUCAGCACAACCAUCACCAUUGCUGUUCAAAGAAAUUACAAUUUACGUCCAUUCCAAGUUGUAAAUGCUGGUCUUUAUUUUAUUUUAUUUCCCAAUAAAAAGACCAUUAACUUAAAAAAAAAAAAAGAAUUCAUAGGGAGAGAAAAGGCAUUUAAAUACCUAUUAUAAAGUUGAAUGUGGUACAUGCCACCAGCUAUGUGCAGAGUAUUCAGGAAGCUCAGAAGAAAGAUAUACCUGGGAGGAUCAUUAUAAUUUUUAUUGAGGAGAUGUCAUAAGAGCUGUGAAUAAUUUAUAGAUUUUGACUAGUUUUUAAAAAAUUGCUCUUAAUUUUCCAUAACAUUUUAUCUAAAGUAAAAAUGAGCAAAUUAUACAGUUUCACAUUUGGAUAAUUCAGCUUCCUGCAUGUUUAUAUUUAUCACCUUUGACUUAGUAGUUCCCAAACCUGGAAGCAUAUCAGAAUCAACUGGCCUUGUAAAAUUCCAGAUUGCUAGGCCUCUCAUGUCAAACUACCUCAUCAGCAUCUCAGGGCUGGGGAGUGGAGUAGGCAGCAAGACACCCAGGAAUCUGAAUUUGAUAAAAGCUCUCUCCAUAUAAUUCUGUUAUGGCCAAAGGGUAAUGUUUGGCAAUCUCUGUUAGAUUGUAUGUUUCACAAAUUCCACUUGAUCACAUUUCUUUCAGAAUGUGGAAAGGGACCAAAGAGAAUCUUUGCCCCACCUGCACAAAAAUCUUACAACCUGAUACCUUUUAGCCCUAACUCACCCAAAGAGGAGACCCUGGGGAUCAGUUCCCCAGAGACAGAGGCCAGGAUAAGCCUGCCAAAGCCCAGGUUAAAGAAGGAGGAAAAAGCAACUACAAACAAUGCUUCCAGCAGGGGCCAGGAAAAAAAAAGAAAGGCACAAAACAACAAGCAAGCAGAGAAGAAAGAAAAGGAAAAGUCAAGUCUUACCAAUGCAGAAUUUGAGGAGAUUGUCCAGAUUGUGCUGCAGAAGUCCCUUCAGGAGCACUUGGGGAUGGGAUCUGGCCUUGAUUUUGCAGAGACUUCUUGUGCCCAGCCCAUAGUAUCUACCCAGUCAGACAAGGAGCCAGGAAUUACUGCUUCUGCUACUGAUACUGACAAUGCUGAUGGAGAGGAGGUACCACAUACUCAAGAGAUUUCAGUGUCUUGGGAAGGUGAAGGUGUCCCUGAGAUAAGGACAUCUAAGCUAGGCCAAUCAGAUCCUGCACCCUCUGAGAAGAAAUCCAGUAGACUCUCUUUAAGCAAAAGAAAGAAGGAAGCUGGAGAUGAGAAGGUGGAGAAAACUCAAAGUGAACAUGAGCUCAGACAGAAAGACCAACUAAAGAAAACAGUUCAGGAUCAUUCCCAGAUCAGGGACCAGCAAAAAGGAGAGAGAAGUGGUUUCGAUCAAUGUCUGGUCUGGGUCCAGUGUUCCUUCCCAAACUGUGGGAAAUGGAGGCGGCUGUGUGGGAACGUUGACCCCUCAGUUCUCCCAGAUAAUUGGUCCUGUGACCAGAACACAGCAGAUAAGGAGUAUAAUCGCUGUGAUAUUCCUGAGGAGACCUGGACGGGGCUUGAGAGUGAUGUGGCCUAUGCCUCCUACGUCCCAGGAUCCAUCAUUUGGGCCAAGCAAUACGGUUACCCCUGGUGGCCAGGCAUGAUAGAAUCUGAUCCUGACUUGGGGGAAUAUUUUCUUUUUACUUCCCAUCUUGAUUCUCUGCCGUCUAAGUACCAUGUGACAUUUUUUGGAGAAACAGUUUCUCGUGCAUGGAUCCCAGUCAACAUGCUGAAGAACUUCCAGGAGCUGUCCCUGGAGCCAUCAGGCAUGAAAAAGCACAGAAACAAGGACUGCAGCCAGCAACUGGGGGUGGCCCUGAUGAUGGCUCAAGAGGCAAAACAGAUCAGCAUUCAGGAACGGGUUAACUUGUUUGGUUUCUGGAGCCGAUUCAAUGGAUCUAACAGUAAUGGGGAAAGAAAAGACUUACAGCUCUCUGGGUUCAACAGCCCAGGAUCCUGCUUGGAGAAAAAGGAGAAGGAGGAAGAGUUAGAAAAGGAGGGAAAGAAAAUGGACCCAACUUUGCCCAGUUGCAACCAAGUCAAAGCACAGACCAAAAAAAACAAGCCAAGAGGCACGGCAGGUGGCGGAGGCAGGACACUGCAGAGGAAGAUAAUGAAGAGAUCUCUGGGCAGGAAAUCCACAGCUCCUCCUGCACCCAGAAUGGAAAGGAAAGAAGGCCAAGGGAAUUCAGAUUCUGACCAGCCAGGCCCUAAGAAAAAAUUUAAAGCUCCCCAGAGCAAGGCCUUGGCAGCCAGCUUUUCAGAAGGAAAAGAAGUUAGAAUGGUGCCAAAGGACCUGGGCCCACCAGCACGUGAGGGUGCCUGCCCCUCAGCUGCAAAAGAAGAGCCCAGACCCCGGCAACCCCUGACCCAGAAGGCUGGAAGUGUCUCCAUUGACGACGAAACCUCCAGUGACCUGGACUUGGAGCAACUCAUGGAAGAUGUUGGGAGAGAGCUGGGUCAGAGUGGGGAGCUGCAGCACAGCGACAGUGAUGGCGAGGACUUCCCUGUGGCCCUAUUUGGGAAGUAGCUGGUGCUCCUGUACUCCCUCCUCUUCUCCCUUCUCUGGGGUACAGGAGAGAGAAGUUGCUAAGUGCUGGGGGUGUUUGUUGUCUUUGAGGUUCAAGUGUGUUGCGUAGUUUCUGUGUUAAUAAAGCAGGUUACGGUCAGCUGGCUUGGCUGGUCUCUAACUGUCCCCUGUUGGCUGCUCCCCCUC